AUGAGUCAGGAGAAGCCACGGAGGCCCCAGCAAGAACCGAUAAAAUACGGCGAUGUGUUCAACGUGUCUGGUGAGUUAUCAUCACAACCCGUUGCACCAAGAGAUGCUGCAACUAUGCAAUCAGCGGAAGAUAAAACAUUGGGACAGACUCGAAAAGAUGGUCCAGCUUCUCUCAUGACUUCUGCUGCCCAAAAAAACGAGGACGCUGGUUUCAUCGGUCACAACACUGCUACAAACAUUGCUAGAGAGGAAGGCGUUGCUGUUUCCGAAACUUAUGAUUCGGGAAAACGUGUCAUCACUGAGACCCUUGGUGGACAGGUCUUGGACAAGUCUGUGGAAGAUACAAAUGGUGCAAAAGGGACUGCGGAUAGACCUAAGAAAAACAAGUGA